CUCGGCUCCCAAUAAAUUAUCGUCGCGAUAAUAAACGAAAAAAAAGCUAAAACCGAAGAAAAUGGGAGUGGUAGUGAUCGAUGGAUCAACGGUACGGUCGUUCGUGGAGGACGAGGAGCAGUUCAAGAAGACCAUAGACGAGGGGUUCGCAGCUCUGGAUCUAAACAACGACGGCGUUUUAUCGCGAUCCGAGCUACGGAAGACGUUCGAAUCGAUGAGGCUUUUGGAAUCGCACUUCGGCGUCGAUGUGGUGACUCCUCAGGAGGAGCUGACGAGUCUGUACGACUCGAUCUUCGAGAAGUUCGAUACGGAUCAGAGCGGUUCCGUGGAUCGGGAGGAGUUUAGAUCGGAGAUGAAGAAGAUCGUGCUAGCGAUCGCCGAUGGACUUGGAUCGUGUCCGAUUACGAUGGCGUUAGAUGACGAUGAUGAUAAUUUGCUGAAGAAAGCGGCGGAUCUGGAAGCUUCGAAGCUCGAGAAGAAGGCUUCGUGAUGAACGAUGAUUAAAUGGAUGAUCUAGGGAUCCUUUAAAGUGUUCUUCGUCUUCGUUGUUGCUUACGUAGUGUUGUGAUGUAAGCGAAUAUGAAUAACAAAAGCCUUUGAGUUUGUGAAUUUGAAUUA